GGAGGGCGGAGGCGCGCGCGGCGGUUGCUGACGCCGGCUUUGCUGUGAACUGUGGAUCCGCGUCCUGGAAGCUGAGGAAGCUGCGAUCACCUGGCUAGAAUUCGGCGUCUGACGCUGGUCGACUUGAGCUGGCCACGCCUUUCCCGUCAGGGAGACGGCCAGUCCAGCGUGACACCCCAGCGAUGGAGGUCACGGACCACGAGCUGGAUCCGAACACCCACCAUGAAAUGGGGAAGGGCAGCGAGGACCAGGAGGCGCGAGGUACACCUCGCGGCGAGAAGCUGGACAUGCUGUUCGAAGUAGAUGACACGCCACCAUGGUACUACUGCGUAGUUCUGGGAUUUCAGCAAUACCUGACGAUGUUCGGAAGCACCGUCUCCAUCCCCCUGAUCAUCACGCCAAGCAUGUGUAUGGACGAGAGCGACCCUGCUCGGGGCUACGUGAUCGGCACUAUUCUCUUUGUUUCCGGCAUCGUCACUCUACUGCAAGUCACGUUCGGCGUCAGGCUGUCGAUCGUUCAGGGCGGCAACUUCUCCUUCUUGACGCCGACGCUGACGCUGCUGAGCCUGCCGCAGUGGAAGUGCCCCGACCCGGCGAUGCGGGCGCUGCUCUCGGACGACGAGCGCUACGAGCUCUGGUCGUCGCGCAUGCGCGAGGUCCAGGGCGCCAUUGCAGUGUCGGCCAUCUUCCAGAUCGUGCUCUCCUUCGGCGGGGUGAUUGGCCUGCUGUUGAAGAUCAUCACGCCGCUCACCAUCGUGCCCACAAUCGCCAUGGUCGGCCUGGCCCUGUUCCAAGAGGCCAAGAAGAAGGCCGCCACCCACUGGGGUGUCUCCGUACUAACGAUGUUGGUGGUGAUUCUGUGCAGCCAGUACCUGCGUAACGUCACGCUGCCGGUGCCGCGCUGCCGCCGAGGCGACGCCGACGGCUCCCAGCGCCGCGCCCUGCGCGUGCCCAUCUUCAAACUGUUCCCGAUUUUGUUCGGCAUCGGCAUCAGCUGGGUGUUCUGCGCCAUCCUCACAGUCAGCGAGGUGUUGCCGCCCGACUCGCCGGCUCGCACUGACCUGCGCACCUCUGCGCUGUACGAGGCGGCCUGGUUCCGGCUGCCGUACCCGGGCCAGUGGGGCACGCCGACCGUGCAUGCCGGCCCCGUGUUCGGCAUGCUCGCAGGCGUGAUCGCCUCCAUCGUUGAGUCGAUCGGUGACUACUACGCCUGCGCCAAGAUAUCCGGCGCGCCGCCGCCGCCCGUGCAUGCUAUCAACCGCGGCAUCGCCAUGGAGGGGAUUGGCUGUGCGCUGGCCGGCAUAUUCGGCACUGGCAACGGCACCACCAGCUACAGCGAGAACAUCGGCGCCAUCGGAAUCACCAAGGUGGCCAGUCGGCGCGUGCUCCAGUGGGGCGCGGUGAUCAUGAUGCUGUUUGGUAUGACCGGCAAGUUCGGGGCCCUCUUCAUCACCAUGCCGGAGCCCAUUGUCGGUGGCAUGUUCAUCAUCAUGUUCUCGAUGAUCACAGCUGUCGGAUUUUCUUCUCUUCAGUUCGUCGACCUCAAUUCCUCUAGAAAUUUGUUCGUGCUCGGAUUUUCUAUACUUUUUGCAUUGAUUCUGCCCACCUACAUGUCGGAGCACAAGGACGCCGUGCGGACGGGCAGCGACACAUUCGACCAGAUCCUGUAUGUGCUGCUCAGCACCAGCAUGUUCGUGGGCGGCUUUCUCGGCUGCGUACUGGACAACACGAUCCCGGGCACGGACGAGGAGCGGGGCGUGCUGCGCUGGCGGCAGCAGUCCGCCAUGUCUGACACCACUGCCCCCAUCACCACCUACGACCUGCCGUUCGGCAUGUCCAAGAUCCGCAGCUGGAACUGGACCCGCUACGUACCCGUGAGCCCCACCUUCCGAGGCUUCCCGCCCUGCCGACUGGGCAGGUGCCGGCGACGGGUAGCGCCCAACGGCGACGUUCGACAGCAGGAGGAGGUCACUCGCGUGUGACGCCCCUGGCCAGCCCGGCCUGCCAACGAUCUGGGGACAGGUCACACGCGCGUGUGACGUCCCUGGCUAGCCCGGCCGGCCGACGAUCUGGGGACAGGAGGAAACCACACGCGUGUUUAACGCCCUGGCAAGUCCGGACGGCUCAUAGUAUGGGGACAGGAGGUCACGCGCGUGUGGCGCCCGUGGCUAGUCCGGCCGGUCAAUGUCAGGGGAUAGAAGGUCACACGUGUGUAGCGCCCGUGGCUAGCCCGGCCGGUCGAUGCCAGAGGACAGGAGGUCACACGCGUGUAACACUCCAGGUCAGCCCAACCGACUUCGGUCUGGAGACGGGAGGUCACGCUCGUGCGAUGCCACUCGCAGCUCCUGAGUGGCGAGUAUUUGUGUACCACAUGUACGGACGUCAGGUACAGUCAUGUCAGCCCGAGGGUGAUGGGUGUAGUCUGCCGAAGACGCAUAACUAAUCGUAGCCGAAUGGUAAUCCAGUGUCAUGCUCAGUGUGUGCAUCCAAACUAAUACGGCAAUGUACCGCCUCAAUGGCGUGGCAGGUGGCCUGGGAGCCCGCUCGGACACGGACUGUCGCGGGACAAGCAAAGCGACAAUGUACCAUCUGUAUCACUGUUUUUAUCGAAUGACCGUUAGCUGGGAUCACAAACCUGACAUCCUGACUGCAACGAGUUUUUCUCAUUGCAUUAUGUUAUGUACUCGUUCAGUUUGUGUUAAUGCCUUUGAAGGGCCUUUAGCGGACAAAACGGUGACCUCCGCUCAAGUGGAGCCAUAUGUUCAUCAUGUGGCACUUGUUUUCAUAUGUAUGGCCAGUGGUGGAAUAUAUGUGAGCACCGCUAG